AUGGAGAGGGAAGGGAACGUGCGUACGCCAGAUGUCUGCGUGUCGGUGUUUUUCUUUGUUGAGUUGCAGGUGGGAGGUCGUGAAGAAGGAGCGUUUGCCAAGCAGUCUGACGUGGCAGCUGAACGGGGUGAAAUGAAACAAGCCCCCACUUGCAAAUGCGUGCGAGUGUCGGUGACGUCCACAGAUCUGAUCGGAAUUGGAACAGCGAGCGCCGAUGAUGAUGUUGUGGGUGGAAAUGAACGACAAGGAUGA